GGAGCAUGCAUCUACCUACCAUAUUGUAGGUGUCGCUACCCGUCCUCAACAAUUCCUCAUCAACUACAGCACAUUGAGACUCGGACAGGGCGCGGCCGUAUCAUUUCAUCAUCGCCCGCGAUCCAAUCUCUGGUACUGGUUAGCCCAGCAGGACCCUUUCUGCCAGCAAGCCGAGCUCGUACACCACCAACUAUCACAGGUUGCUUGACUUAGCGCGUGCUUGAGCUCAUUCGCCGGUGCCUUUCAGCACCAUCGCUCCUCACUUCAUCAUCCCAUCAUGGCGCCAAUCCCUCGUUUCGCGCCAGCGGCGGCAACGCCCAAUGCAACCGCCGCCUUCUUUGACCAUUCCGAGGCGAAGCGUGUCAACACGGAUGAUGUCAUGAUCCGUGUUCUCGGGAAGCAGUACCCCAACCUCGAGCUCCUCAUCUCGGACCAGUGGUCCGUGGACCUACUGGCCUUUGCGGCUGCUGGUCAUGCGAGCUGCACUGCCGUCGCCGAAGAGAAUGGCGAUGAGAAUCUGCCGUCCACCAUCUCAUUCACACACUACAUGCCGCCGGCGCGUCGCAUGGACGGCAACACUGGCGGUCUGGUCGACCGUCUCGCCUUUGGCAAGUUUGUGUACACGUGGAACAACACAGAGUUCAUCAUGUACUUCAGCACGGGCAGCGACUCAGCAUACCCUCCGUCGAACCGCAACGCCUUCAUUCUCAGCCCAGACCGCAACCAGGCCAACCUCCUCGUCCUAGCCGCUGGUCGGUGGAUGAGCGAUAUCCACGAGCAGGUGUGGGUAUUUGACCAGGGCUACUGGGAGAAGGACAGCGAGCUGUUCCGGAGCUUCAUCAAGGCGUCGUGGGACGACGUCAUCCUCGAUCCCGCCAUGAAGAAGGCCAUCAUCGACGACCACAACUCCUUCUUCGACUCCCGCGAGACCUACGCCAAACUCAUGGUGCCCUGGAAGCGCGGCAUCAUCUACUACGGCCCGCCGGGCAACGGCAAGACCAUCUCGGUCAAGGCGACCAUGCGCAUGCUCUACGAGCGCAAGCCCAUCGUCAACACCCUCUACGUGAGGAGCCUGGUCUCUUACCGGGGACCUGAGUUCUCUAUCCAACAGGUCUUUGCCAAGGCGCGCGAGUUCGCGCCCUGCUACCUGGUCCUCGAGGACCUGGACACCAUCAUUACCCCGGCCAUCCGCAGCUACUUCCUGAACGAGGUCGACGGGCUGAAGAACAACGACGGCAUCUUCAUGAUUGGCAGCACCAACCAUCUGGAUCGGCUGGACCCAGGCAUUUCUAAACGACCCUCCCGCUUUGACAGGAAGUACCUCUUCCCGGACCCUAGCCUCGAGCAGCGUGUGGCCUACUGCAAGUUCUGGCAGCGCAAGCUGCAUGAGAACAAGGACAUCGCCUUCCCGGACAAGCUGUGCGACGCCAUCGCCGAGAUCACCGACGACUUCAGCUUCGCGUACAUGCAGGAGGCCUUUGUGGCGGCGCUGCUCGCGCUCGCGCGCAAGCGGGCGGACAACCCGCCGUCGCCGCCCUCCGACGGCAACGGCGACGGCGACGGCGAAGGGGUUACAGAACUGGAGUCGCGGCUCCGCAGAGCCCGCCUCGCGCCACGAGUAGCCGCCAAGGCGCGUGCGGGUGGUGUUGUGGACGAGGCCGGUGAUGACGAGGGCUGGAUGAGUGUCUGCGCGAGCGACGCUGACCAGGACCUCGACGAGCUCGAGCUGUGGGUCGAGAUCAAGAAGCAGAUUGAGAUUCUUAGAGAGGGCAUGGACAAGGAGAACUGAACUCUGGAAGCCAUCAUUUCGAUUUUCUCGCACAGCUUUCUCGUCUAUGCGUUCUGCAACCGCAGCGCGACCUCUUUCUCUAGUCUAAGUAUAUAUCGCCAGCAUGCAUCCAGUCCUGACGGGCCUGGUGCUAAAGCCACUUGCUUCAUCCAAUCUCUUGGAAGGGUCCAGACCACACAAGCGUUCCACGUAUGAGUAGUGUGCUAAGAAGCGUGUCUGUCAUCCAAUCACAUCCGAAUUGGUGUAGUGGCUAACAUUUGACGCUCUCAUUCUGGCCCGUCAAGCCCGGGGUUCGAUUCCCCGAUUCGGAGU